AUGGCCUGUCUCGUGGCUUUAUGCCCUAUCACUGAGAAAGAAGCCAAUAAAAAAGCUUUGAGGAAGUAUUUAGAGUUAGUGGAGUUCUUCACCAAAGUUCUGGUUGCUUUGUAUGAGCAGAAUGACAAGCCUUCCUCUGCUUUAGAAUUCAUCCAGCAAAAGCUAGGAAGUCCUUCAGUUUCUGAUUACAAGAAGCUUCAAUCUGAGAAGUCUGACCUUCAAAUAAAGGACAAUGAGGUUUUUGCUAAACAUCAAGGAACAUUGAGAGAGGUAUCCCGUCCUAACUUGAAUAUAAAAGUUUAUCAGUAAACCAUAUAUAAUUGAUUAGCACAUGAUUACAUGCUUAUGUAGUUUCUUAUCCAUUCUUUUUAGUUGUCUUCAGAAUUUCUAUAUGAUUGGUUGGAAUGGUAAUGGAGUAUAUAGAGUACUAAAGAUAGACCAGCUUGAUGCGUCUGAGCUUAACCUCAGUGAGGAUUUCACUGCCUAUACCAAAAAAGAAUGCAACGAGCUGCUUAAACGGAUACACAAAGAAAACAAGGCCACAGGCGGCCUCAAAUUUGUCACUCUCUGUUAUGGCAUCAUUGGUUUGUGUUCUUUUGUUUCAAGUUAUGGUCGCUGAAACAUACAUUGUUUUACUUUUACAGCGUGUUCUCACAAUUUGUUUUUUUUCUUCCCAUUUUUGUGGUCUCAGGAUUCAUUAAGUUUUUGGGACCAUACUACAUGCUGGUUAUCACUUAGAGAAGAGAGAUAGGCCAAAUUUGUGGUCACAGGGUGUAUGAAGUCUCCAAGAGUGAGAUCAUUUCUUUGCGAAAUUCUAGCGUGAUUUGCAACAUUUCAAAUUCAAGAGACGAGAACAGGUGUUUUUAUAUAUCUUUUACUAUUUUUUUCCCUUUUUUUGUCUGUCCCAAGCUUAUUGUCGAAGAAAGUUUCUGUUUUUCUUUUCUGUUUGGUGAAAAGAGAGUGAGUUACAUGUGUUCAUUUAUUAUACCCUUCCACCUUUUUAUGAACUCAAGUCAUUUAACCCUUGCGUUUCUUUAUCUGGUGUUGAUAAACAGGUACAAGAGGUUCCUGUGUAGCUCUUGUGUAUGGUGGACCUUACAAAAGACUUCUUUUUCAGCUAUUCUUUCAAUAUAAUGUGUAGUUUCCAGAAGAAUAUAUGUGUGUGAUGUGACCAUGAAAGUGGUGGUGCUCUCUAUAAGAAAAUAUUUGCUUGGAACGAGUUCUUGACUCGGGGAAUUCGAAAUCAUCUCCGGAAUACCGUGUGAACUGUAGAGCAUUGAUGUAUGGUUUCUUUAACCAGGUAAGAAUCGUAUGUUUUUCUACCCCCCACUGCCAAAGAAAAGAAAGUCUUCCCUGAAUCAAAUGCAUAUCCCUUUUCUUUUCUCACAGCAGUAGUUUUGUUAUUUGUAUACCAUUUUCUUCUGGGCUACAAUAUUGCUUCCCUAUAUCAUGUUUUGUCCACUGAAACCUGCAACCCGACCAUUUUCACAAAACAGUGCAGCUGUUUUACAGAUUUUGAGUGUUUUUAACUUGAGGUUUGAUGUUGUUUUGAUGGUAGGAUGAUACAUCCUGGAAAAGGACUUCCUUCAGAGAUACUAAGUGAUAUGUUUGAGACACGAAAUUGAUGGGUCACACCUGAUGGCUUAGGACUUAAGCUUUCACGGAAACUGCUGGAGCAGAUGAAUGGUAGUGUGAGUUUUGUUAGAGAAGACGAACGUUGUUUCUUUCAAGUGGAUCUUCAAGUUAAGACAAGGUUAGGUGUUGAGACCAGAGGAACAGAGGCUGAUUCAAGCAUACAAUAGAGAUUAUGGGUCCCAAAGGCAUAUAGAUAAUAAAAUUUGAUGAAUUGUGCUCCUUUUAUGGUCUGAAUGUGUUGUCAUUCAAAGUUUCCAUUAUUUAUUUAUCAAUAAAAUGUAUCUUAGUCAUUUAUAUAGUAGGAUGAUUAAGUAAACCAAAAAAAAGAAAAAACAAACCAUAACCCAAUUUACAGUACUUUGAGUCACUGACCAUCAUUAUCAAUUUAUCUAUCAUCAUCAUAUCUUCCUAAACUGAAUAUUUACGUUUGAACAAAAGGCAGUAAAGGGUUCGUUUGCAUGUCAGCUUCAAUGUGUGCUUUCACCGGUAAGAGGAUGAGCAACUUUGUGAAUGCUCCAUGACCAAACCCGCUUUCCUUCAUCAAAGAACAUGGAACAUGCCCAUUUUAAUUUUAUUUAAAACUAUGGAUUUAAGUUUUACAUAUUUUAACGUUAAGUCCAUUACAGCCAAACAAAAUAUUGAACAUAAACUUUGUUUUUCUUUUUCCAAACAGAGUAGAAUUUGAUUGAUCUUUAAAACACACAAAUUCAUGUGCCUUUUGCUGAAGUCGAUAGUACAAGAAAAGUGAAUUUGACAAUUCUUCACAAAAUGAAAAUUUAUUAUAAACAACUCCAACAAAACAAACAAAUCACUCCACAAUACUUCCUAUUACUUUAUCAAAGUAUUUCAAACACGUCUAAUUGUCAAUGACCCCGCGAAAGUAUUACAAACACGUCUAUUGUCAAUAAAAGCAGCUAAAUUGAAGUUUUUAAAGGUGUCAUAUAGGCAAAAAAAUUGAGAACCAACUAAUCUGCCAUGUCAUCCUGGACUGGUUUGAAAGACCAACUUUCGCAGCCCAUUAUUACUAAAUUUCGGAGCCUAUUUACACCAUUCUCAGCAUUUCAUUUUAACAGCCCAUUAUUAUUCAGAUACUAAAGACCCUAACCCAUUAUUACUCAUAUACUAAAGACCCUAAAACAUAAUCCCUAACCCAUUAAUACUAAAAGCCCUAAAACAUAUAAUUCUCUAAAAACUAAAGAUCACUCAUCCUCACUCUAGCCCUAAUCACCGACUCCAUCUCAUCGUGAUUCUCUUCCUCUUCAUCUCAUCUUCAACUUAAAUAUUAUCAUUUUUGAAUGAAAACAUUAUUAUUAUUGAAAUAUUAAUUAUUUAUCCAAAACUCUAAUAAACAAAAUAUACAAGUUGUUAAUGCACUCUAUUGUUUGCAAAGAAGCUUUUCCUAUUAUUUCCCUUUUUCAUUUAAUGCACAAAUACAAGUGUAGAUUUUUCUUUUUAUCUAGAAGAUGUUUUUUAAUUUAACAUACAAAUUAUGAACCGUUUGACUAUGUUUAUCAUAAAUUUGGUUAUAUAUAUUUUUAGUUUUAAUAUAUUCUUCAUUAUUUACAUCUUAUUAGUUUUAAACCAUACAAAAAACAUAUAUUAAUUGCAUAUUUUAAAACUUACUUUAUAUUUUAAAACGAUUAAAGUCACAAUGACCAAUUAUUUUCCAGCACCACCAAAAACUCGAAAAACCCUAUACAACCGAAAUUUUAUUUUCAUAUAUUAUUAAAUUUUAUUUGUUUAUAAUAUGUUUUAAAAAACAAACCAAAAAAAAUUGUGAUAAAGAAGGAAAGUUUUGAUAGAAUAACCAAAAUUUUUCAUUUAAUAGGUAAAAUGACCCUUAUACCCUAGAUAUAUAAAAUUUAAUUAAAAAAUAUUUAAAAACAUUAAACAAAUAAUAAUUAAGUAAUAGUCUUAGAUUAUACGUUUUCAAAAUACAAUUUAUUUAAAUAAUUUUUUUAGUUGAUUUUUAAAUUGCAAUUUUUCUCUAUUUUUGUUUUCAAUUUAUCUUUUUGUAAUUCUAGCCGAAGUUCACAACAAGUGGAGCGACAACCUCGGACCGCAACCAAUUAUCGCUAGGAUCAUUAGGAUGUGGCCCAUCACAAAUCACACAAAUAAAAAUGCUUUUCUAGGAACAACUUUCAUUUAUCUUGACAUCUAGGUUUGUCUUAAAAAUACUUACUUUUAAUUAUUCUAACAACAUUUCAAAUAAUUGCUUUUAACCACUCAACAGGACAAAAAAUGGAAUGGCGGGUGCCUAUUUCUGACACAAUGUACCAACGGUUCGAGGAAGGAAAAAUUUAUCACAUUAAAUAUUUUAAUCUUCUUCCCAAUAACCGAUGGUACAUGCUUACCGUUCAACCAUACUUAAUCAAUAUUAAUGAGACAACAACUAUAACACUGAUUCAAGAAAACAUUUCACCGAUUCCUUCAUACAUUUUCCGGCCCCAACGCUAUCCCCAGUUGAUCAGCUUAGCAAGUGCAACCAACUUCCUCCCAAAUCAAAAAAAAAACCAUACCUAUCACACAUACAAAUAAAUUCUCUAUUUUUGUCGCUAAAAACAAAUUAUUCCCCACAGAUGUUGUUGGCCGCAUAUGCCUCAUCCAAGGAAGUGAUUUAUAUAACCACAACACAUAUACAAAAAUCAUUAUUGGAUUGUGUUAAGCAAUAAAUAUAUAAUACAAUAAUUUUUUGUAGAUCCAAAUUGGUCCGUCUAACUAUAUGGGACAAUGAGGCGGCUAAUUUUAGGGAGUUAAAUCGCGUAUCUACCAAGAAAAACCAAAUCAUAAUUAUCACAAGUAUCAUUCCAAGGUUACAUGAAGGUAAUCAACUAAACAUAAAGUUUAUGUCUAACUAAAUGCUUAUAAAUAUUUCACUUUUCAGGGAAACUAUCACUCACAACCAUACCAAGAUCGCGCUUUUACUUUGACAACGACAUAGAUAUCAUACAACGCUUUCAAAAGAGAAAUAAACUGUUAUCCUAAGCCUGAUGGCAUACCUCCAAAUGUGAUCAAACCACAAGACGGAAACCGACACCAGUCAACUGUUUUAAAAUUUACACUUCAAUGCAAACAACCAUAUAUUUUUCAAACUUACUAUUGUUUAGAAAAAAGAAACUGAUCACCGCAUCGCAUUCAAACAAAAACUCUAUGGUUAAUUCUACAACGAACAAAACUUAACUUCCAAUAUUUGAUACUUAAAACUACAAAAAUUUAAAAAUUUACUUUAAUAAAACAUAUUAUCCGCGCGAAGCGCGGACCCCGGCUCUAGUCCUACUAUAUAAAAGGAGCUAAAUCCUAGCUUCCUAAGCCUUGCCACAUGAACAAAAUAAUCAGAACCAACCAUUAUGCCAUGUCAUUCCGGACUGGACUUUAAAAAAAAAAAUCAACCAUUAAAAUAUGCGAAGAGUCACGGUUUAACCUGGUUCAACUCCAGUUACAUCAUAAUAAAACAAUGCAUGCAUUGAUUGUUGAUUAUUAGUAGGGAUGUCAACAGAAGGCUUGUCCCGCGGGCCUGGCCCGUUUAAACCUGUCGCGGGGCGGGUUUGGGCCUAGGUAUUCAUGACCCGCAAAAAAGCGGGCCUUACGGGACAGGGCUUGUUCGGUUCCGGGUCCAAAGCGGUACGGCCCUCAUUAACCGCGGGACGGCCCAUAGAACCGCAUCUGGAAGCUUCGUCGAUUCCGUUACUUUCUUCACCUGAAAACGAAAAGAAAGAGAGAGUGAAAGGCAUUGGAGCUUCGACGACGACCGUGAGAAGAAACGGAGCUCCAACGAUGGCCGUUCCUGUUCGAUGUCUGACAGGCGACAGUGCUUCCGCCUUCCGGUGACCACAUCGUGCUCGAGCUGCAUCAGCAGAGCUUCUUUACAUGCAUUGGUGAUGACGAGGUUGAUGAUGGGAGGAAGAAAGUUACAAUCUUUUUCGGUACACAGACGGGAACUGCUGAAGGGUUUGCUAAAGCUUUAGGAGAAGAAGCUAAAGCAAGAUACGAGAGAUCAGAUUCAAAAUCGUUGAUUUGGACGAUUAUGAUGCUGAUGAUGAUGAGUACGAGGAGAAGUUGAAGAAAGAGGAUAUGGCUUUCUUCUUCUUAGACAGAGGAUAAUGGCUCAAGUACUUGAAGUAUGGUGUUUUUGGAUUAGGAAACAGACAAUAUGUGUUGCAGGUUGCCAAAGUUGUAGAUGACAUUCUUGUUGAACAAGGUGCACAGCGUCUUGUACAAGUUGGUCUUGGAGAUGAUGACCAGUGUAUUGACUAUUCCACAUUGGUUGAGACUUCGCUUUUCACGGACAGUAACCAGUCCAUUGUUGUUUGAUCUUCUCGUUUAUUGUUGGUAAGUUGAAGUGUGAACUUUUACUAAUUGUCUUAGCGUGAUUAUUAGGUUGAUGCUAAGUUAGACAUGCAUUUAUAAUUUCAAUAGACAACCCGUUCUGCAGCAUCAGGAAGUGUUCUGGAGCGUUAGAAAGUGUUCUGGAGCGGCCUGAAGUGCCAAGCAUGAUCGGAUACACUACAUUGACGUAUGUCCCGCGGGACAGCCCGCAAAGGAGUGUGCAUUUGGCGGUACGGGCUUGGGACGACCUUUUGGAGACCGCAACCCGCGCGGGCCUGGCCCGCCGUGACCCGCAAAGAGAUGAGCCCGCUGCGGUACGGGACGGGAUGGGACGGAUCAACCCGUUUGACAUCUCUAAUUAUUAGUCUUCUAGCUACCACAUCUUUGCCAUCCUAAAUCAAAAUCGAUUUUUACAACUUUAACUUGCCCCAUACUUAAUAUUCUUAUAGCUGGUGAACAAUUUAAUUUAGGAAAUCGUUAUAUUUCAUGUCAAAAAUGCAUACUGUAUUCAUUGAAAAUUAAAUAACAUAUAUUCUACCAUUAGGAUCAAGAACUCUAAUCUGAAGACUAUAUAUUCAUCCCCUCUCACUCUGAAAAAACCACCACCGCCAACCGUUCAAGAUUUUGUGUAAGUCAAUAUUUGAAAGUCACAAUUUUGUCAAUUUUUUGGCAUAAGUGAUAUGUUUAAGAGUUGGAUAGUUAAGUCCGUAUGCGGUUGGGGACGUGGGGUUUGGCUCACCUUCCACUGUUUAUUUUCAAUUGUUUUAAUAAUAGAUUCAUAUUGAUAAUCUGUGCGAACAAACGUAUAAGAUUUUAGUUGGUUAAGAUUAAACAUAGACCGACAAUCUUCCGUCUUUAGCUAUUGGUCUCCGCCAAAAAAAUUUGAUUUAAUAUAAUAGUUCCUGCCUGCUAAGCUACUACAAUUGUAGUUCACGUCUAUCGGUCAUAUAAAAUAUUUAGUUUUUUUUGGUUUUAUAAGAUUUUAGUUUGUAAUUAAUCUCAUGGUUCGAUUUUAUCCAUUGAGACCUUUUUCACUAUGUUUUAUUAUCAAACCAUUUCACUUUGCCUAACAUUUAAAUAUUCUUUCCUUUGUUUAAGGAUUGAUUGUUCCUCAAUACCAUGGUCAAACCAACCGCCAAAGAUCUUCCGCUUAUGGGAGGUAUUUUGAAUUUACAAGUGCAUUUUUGAAUCAAAAACAUUAUUAGUAUUGAUAUAUUAAUUUAAUACUUUAAUCAAAAUCUUUAAUAAAACAAAUAUAAAAUACAAAUUAUGUUUUAUAUAUAUAUAUAUAUAUUUAUAUUUUUGACUAUUUACAUCUUAUUAAAUUUGAAGUGCACAAAAAAAAGAAAAGUUACAUCUUAUCUGAUAAGAUUCCAAAUAUAUAAAUACAAUGCUACGUUUUGAUUUUUGUUUAUUGCUACGAAACGUUUUAAAAACUUGGGAAAAGGUAAAAAUACAGACGAUAUGACCGACCACUUCUUUUCUCCUGGUUUGCAAGAAUCUAAUUGAGUUGCUUAAUAUUUGUUCCAAAUUAAUAUAUAGUCCCAUCAGAAUCAUAAAUUAAUAAUCUAUCUCUAUAUAAUUUUAUAUAAGUACUAAAUAAAGAUAUUUUUGUUCAUUUUAUAGUUACAAAACUUAUCUAAUAAAACAAAUAUAAACAUUAUUAGUAAAAUAUAAAAAACCACAAUUAGUUCUUAAUAAAAAAAUCAUGCUCCCAACUGUAUCAACAGAUUCGUCAUUCACCCCUAGAAGACACAUAUAGGAAUAAUUAAAUACUUUGGCAAAAAAAAAACAUUUUUGUGAUGAAGAUUCUUAGAUGAUGAUCGUUUUCUAUACAAACAUGCGGCACCUCUACACCAUUGUUUUAAUCCCAGGAAAACACGUAGAAAUCCAUUAACACAAAUAU